AUUAACCUUAUUUGUUUCACAUAUUUGUCUAUAUAUUUCACAAACCUUAUUCAUAUCUCUUAAUUAAAACUACUGUGAGCUAUGGGUCUUCAGAUUACGCAUACGCCGGUGCUCUCCAGAAUUGUAUACUCUGUUCGAUCUUCAAAUAGCCGCAUUCGGUCACCGUCCUCUGAAUUGGUUAUGAAGUGGUUUCUGUUCUUUGUGCUGGCAAUCGGCCAGGGUUUAUGUGCAUCCACGGCCAACUCAGUGUCUGGUUAUAACUACUAUCGUUUGCCAACGUCUUUGAAGCCUCAAAAGUAUUAUUUGCGUAUCCUAACAUUGCUGGACAAUCCAGAUGAACUUCGCUUUACCGGAACUGUGAAAAUCGUUAUUGAAGCCCUGGAAAAUACCAGGAACAUAACGCUGCACUCGAAGAAUCUAACCAUCGAUGACUCAGAGAUAACUCUUCGACUCAUCAGCGGAAAAGGAACUAGGGAUAUCUGUGUGUCCUCCACAUCAGUGAACCCCGUCCACGACUUCUAUAUUCUUAACACCUGUGAGGAACUCUUGGCAGGAAAUGUUUACAAGCUGAGCUUGCCCUUCUCGGCAGAUUUAAGUCGACAACUUAUUGGCUACUAUCGCAGUUCUUACAUAGAUCCCGAUGCUAACGUUACGCGAUGGUUGUCUGCCACCCAAUUUGAACCGGCUUCGGCUCGAAAGGCCUUUCCCUGCUUCGAUGAGCCAGCUUACAAGGCCUCCUUUGUGGUCACAUUGGGCUAUCACAAGAAGUUCACGGGUCUUAGCAAUAUGCCUGUAAAGGAAACAAAGCCCCAUGAAUACCUUCCCGACUACAUAUGGACCUACUUCGAAGAGUCAGUGCCCAUGUCCACUUACCUGGUGGCAUAUUCCGUUAACGAUUUUGCCAACAAGCCUUCGACUCUUCCAAAUGGCGCUCUGUUCCGCACCUGGGCCAGACCCAAUGCCAUCGACCAGUGUGACUUUGCCGCCGAGUUUGGACCCAGAGUACUGCAAUACUAUGAGCAGUUCUUCGGCAUAAAGUACCCCCUCCCCAAGAUCGAUCAGAUGGCUGUUCCCGAUUUCAGUGCCGGUGCCAUGGAGAACUGGGGCCUGGUGAAUUAUAGAGAGUCCACACUUCUCUUCUCGGAGAACCACUCCUCCCUGGCGGACAAGCAGGACCUUGCGAUUGUCAUAGCUCAUGAGCUGGCCCAUCAGUGGUUCGGAAAUCUGGUCACGAUGAAGUGGUGGACGGACCUCUGGCUUAACGAGGGAUUCGCCACUUAUGUGGCCAGUUUGGGAGUGGAGGACAUCCACCCGGAGUGGAAUUCAAAAGACAGGGGUUCAUUGUACGCAAUUGUGACCGCCUUCCGUCUGGACUCUUUGAUUAGUAGUCACCCAAUAUCGAGGCCCAUUCAAAUGGUAACGGAGAUAGAAGAGAGCUUCGACUCUAUCUCGUACCAGAAGGGAUCUAGUGUGCUGCGUAUGAUGCAUUUGUUCAUGGGCGAAGACGCCUUCCGAUCCGGAGUGAAGUCGUAUCUGCAGUUGUACACCUACAAGAAUGCCGAACAGGAUAAUCUUUGGGAGUCCCUCACUCAAGCUGCACAUAAAACUGGAGCACUGCCCACAAACUAUGAAAUCAAGACCAUUAUGGACUCGUGGACUUUGCAAACCGGUUAUCCCAUGGUCAAUGUGACCCGUGAUUAUACGGCAGGAACAGCCAAGCUCAGCCAGGAACGUUAUUUGAGGAAUACCGAGAUAUCUCGAGCCCAGUGUGUUGGAUGUUGGUGGAUACCACUGAGCUUCACGACCCAGAAUGAGAAGGACUUUGGUAAUACGGCGCCCAAGGCUUGGAUGGAGUGCACCAGGACUGGCGAGAGCAUUCCCAAGUCCAUACAGGAUCUCCCUGGACCCGAUCAGUGGGUGAUAUUUAACAACCAGCUGUCGACACCAUACAAAGUGAACUACGAUACUCAGAAUUGGAAACUUUUGAUCAAGACUUUGAACAGCGAGGAUUUCAGGAAAAUUCACGUUAUGAAUAGAGCCCAGCUUAUAGACGAUGUCCUGUACUUCGCUUGGACGGGGGAACAGGACUACGAGACCGCACUCCAGGUGACCGACUAUCUGCAAAGGGAGCGGGAUCUGCUUCCCUGGAGAUCGGCCUUUAACAAUCUCAAGUUGCUGAAUCGCAUUCUCCGGCAAACUCCGAACUUUGUGUUCUUUAAGCGCUACAUCAAGAAGCUAUUAAGUCCAAUCUACGAAGACCUGAACGGCAUAAACGACACAUUCAGCUCGCUUCAGCAUCAGGACCAGAUUCUGCUGAAAACGACGGUGGUCGAUUGGGCAUGCCAGUACCAGGUGUCCGAUUGCGUACCCCGGGCACGGUCCCACUUCCGCAGUUGGCAAUCCGAGCCCAAUCCCGACGAGAACAACCCGAUUCCGGUCAACUUUCGCAGCGCUGUGUACUGCGCGGCAAUAAAGUACGGCACUGAUGAGGAUUGGGAGUUCCUUUGGGCGCGAUACAAGAACUCCAAUGUGGGAUCCGAGAAGCAGACCAUUUUGAGCACCCUUGGUUGCUCGAGAGAAGUUUGGAUAUUGCAGCGCUAUCUGGAAAGGUCCUUCAAUCCCAAGGGAGGCAUUCGCAAGCAGGAUUCCUCGCUUACUUUCCAGUCAGUGGCCUCACGGGAAGCCGGAGUCCUGUUGGCCAAGAAGUACUUAACAGAUAAUGUGGAUCUUAUUCACAAGUACUAUUAUCCCCAGACAAGGAGCAUGUCUCGACUUUUCUCGCAAAUUUCCGAGCAAAUCAUCACGACGAGUGACCUGAAUGGGUUUAGAGCCUUUGUCACCAAUUCUCGACAGUACCUGAAGGGCCUUAAUCAGGCGAUCCAGCAGAGCUUGGAGAUCAUGCUGACCAAUGUGCAGUGGAUGAAACGAAACUAUCACCAGUUUUCGGUCUCCAUACAGCAGCACUUGUAGAUUGUCUAAAAUCCCCUAAAACCCCUUGUUAAUAAACAAUGUUCUAUAGUAUUAUAUUAUAUACGUAGUUCAAAAAGA